GUUGAGUUUGCCGCAAGGAAGGCGUGGACAUGCUUCGUGAUGGCCACCCUGCUCAACAAUGUCAAGUCCGAGGAGUUACCACUGAUCGGGGGAAUUGGCUCAGCGACCCCGGCCACGGAUCCUGAAAUCAACCGAAUUGCGCAGCAGUCCCUGAAGCUUGGGGCGCAGGGUAGCGGUGUGGCGGGUGGUGCUUGA